UUCAUUUAGCAGAUAAGAAUUAUAUGAGCUACAUUUUGCAGAGAGGGAAAAAUCAAGCAACACUGCCUUUGUUUGUAACGAUAUUUUGAAUAACUCUGAAUAUUAAGAUGUUGAAGAGAAAACCCUCCAAUGUGUCAGAUAAGGAGAAACAUCAAAAACCAAAGCGAGCGAGUAGCUUUGGAAACUUUGACCAUCGCAGACAUCACUCAGCAUCAAAACCAGAUGAUUCAUCAGAGAUAUGCGAAGCAGAUGCUGUCAGUGAUGGUGGAGAACUGGGGCAAAACAAAACACCAAAUAGUGGAGGAAGCCUUGGAAAGAAGAUGCGGGCCAUUUCCCUGACCAUGAAGAAGAAGAUGGGUAAAAAGUACAUCAAGGCACUUUCAGAGGAGAUGAAUGAAGGAAAAGACCAUUCCUGUUCUAAUACAGACAGUGACCCAGGGGGAGGAUCAAACACUGAAAAGGUCUCCCUAAAGGCCAGCGACUCCAUGGACAGUCUCUAUAGUCUUAAUAGUGGACAGAGCUCGUCAAGUGGGGUAACUAGUUGCUCAGAUGGGACAAGUAACAGGGACAGCCUGAGGCUUGAUGAUGAAGGCACUUACACCGGACCAUUCUGUGGCAGAGCCAAAGUACACACAGACUUCACGCCAAGUCCUUAUGACACAGACUCUCUCAAAAUCAAGAAAGGAGAUAUCAUAGACAUCAUCUGUAAAACCCCCAUGGGCAUGUGGACAGGUCUGCUCAACAACAAGGUGGGAAACUUCAAAUUCAUUUAUGUGGAUCUUAUUGCAGAAGAGGAAUCUGCACCCAGAAAGAUAAAACUACCCAAGCAGAGUAAAAGUGCCAAGCCUAAAUCUCUCCAGGAACUCUUGCAGCGAAUCCAUCUCCAGGACUAUGCAUCAACCCUCCUGCUAAAUGGCUAUGAAAAACUGGAAGAUUUGAAAGAUCUAAAAGAGAGCCAUUUAAUUGAACUUAAUAUCGAAGACCCAGAAGACAGAAUGAAGUUACUUUCGGCUAUUGAGAACCUGCAGGACUAUGAAAAUGAACAAGACCAAGAAACGGAGCAAGUGUCGGAGACCUUAAGCCCUGACCUCAGCUUUAACAAGUCACAGCUAAAUGAUUGUCCAAGAGACUCUGGUUGCUAUAUCUCACCUGAAAAUUCAGAUAACAGCAAAGAAGACCUAGAUACAGAGACGCUAUCUGACAUGGUGCAGACAAUCACUAUCACUGAAUCAAACUGAAUUUGUUCACAUUUCCAGCAAGGUUGUCAACACUGAAUCUGCAGCUUCAACAAUUGCACUGAAUUUAUCUGUUAGUAUGAGUAUGCAAUAAUGGACAGUAAUGAACAUUAUCGAUCAUUCUUGA